CUCCAUAGGAGAUCGAGAAGCACUUUUCAUUCAGCUGUCAUAUAGGGCACUUCCCCCUUUCUCGACUGGAAAAUGUCGCAUACAUCUCCCGCGACGUACCUCGUGUGGUCCAUCAUGUCAUGCCUGCUUCUCGGGUUCCUGCUGUUCCAUCUCUGGAAGUUUGACCGGUUCAAGUGUCUCAGAUGGAACAACGGGCCAUACGCCGGAGCAUUCAAGCGUCUCAUGACUUAUACGUAUCUAUUAAGCGUUCCAUGCAUAGUGGCAUAUGCAGUAGGGUUCGCAGUGAUAAAGUAUGAGGAGGGUCUGGUCGAUAUUCAAGGACUUGGUAUCAUGCCUAAGCCAUGGCAAGAGUGGUCACAGCCGCACAAGAACGCGAUCUUCCCCCUAUACCUCCUAUUUACAGUCGCUUGGAGCCUUGAGAUGGUAACUCAUCUAGAAGAGCUCUGCUUCUGGUUGUUCCUCGUCAACUCCGGAUCGGUGAAGCAGGACUGGUUCCGCAGCCUGUAUUUCAAGACCUGGAUCGGCGGCUCGCUCAUCGCGGUCGCCUAUAUGCCGCUUGUGACUAUCUUUACGCGUUCAGACCCACAAAAGUGCGAGGCGUUCACAUUCCUUGCGGGUAGCUUGGGCAGCUUGUCGUUGACGCUCUGGUUCCUUCCGAUCCUAUGGACGUUCCCCUCUUUCCUUCAAAACCUGAAACGAAACGCCGUCGACGUUCACACCAUCGUCCGCUUGACUACCUUCCACGAACUGAACUGUCUCCGCGUUUUCUUCCGGUUGAUAUUCGUCCUACCAUUCUUGGUGCUCGCUGUAGACGGUAUCCGGCCGCACCAACACGUCAAUGAGAAUAUGUUUUGGACGGAGUUCCUCACGAGCAUCGCCGCAGUCGGCUGCGUCACCUCAUCAGCCAUCACACUCGUUAUCUUCUUCCCUCGGUCUGUCGAAAGCGAGCUGCAGUCGCGUAACGCCACGCGCGAACCAGGCUCGCAGUCACGCCACAUCCGCCGCGACUCCGAACUCUCCGAUCGGGACACCUCCCCCUCCCCAUACACCCAGAAACGCCCCGCAUCCGCGAUGUACUCCAACUCCGAAGCGCACGAGUACCCUCCGCUCGAUGCCGAGGUGAAGAGCCCCGGGCUCGACGCACCCAUCAUGGGUCCGAAGGCGAGCUUCUCCCCGAACCGGCGCGCCGCGUCGGGCGUGGUGAUACAGGGGACCGUGGGCCUGACGGAACGCGCGCUAAACGCGCACGACCAGCGGAUGAGCACCGUGCACCCGUUCGUGCACAACUUCACGUCGCCCAUC